CUCACAUCUUUUUUGUUCAAUCAAGACUCAAUACCCUCACUUCAACCAAAGAAGAACUCAUACACAAUGCCUCUUUUCGUACUCAGCCCGGCCUCUCUGGCCCACUCUGCCCUCUUUGCAGGCUACUACUCCUACCUGACCGCCAACGUCGUCUCUUACCGUCUCAAGUCGGGUGUCAUGCUCGGCACGGGUGAGGCUGGCUCGGUCCGUCACCCCAAGCACAAGGCUUCUCCCAAGGAUGCCGAGAAUGAGGAGGCUCUGCAGCGUGCCGUUCGAGCCCACGGAAACUUCACCGAGGGAACUCCCUUUGCCUUCUUCCUCAUCUUCCUCGCUGAACUCAACGGUGCACCCACUUACCUCGCCCAUGCCGCUUACACUACGCUCCUCGUAGCCCGUGUCGCUCAUGCUGAAAUUGGAAUCCGAGCUGCUGACACUCUUGGUGUUGGUCGACCGGUCGGUACCAUUGCUACCGUCGCCGUUGCCCUGGGUGCCGGUGCUUACAACUUGAGCCUUGGCUGGGAGCCCCUCAAGUCCUUCCUCGGACUCAAGUAGGCGACUGUUGCAGGAUGAAAGGGCAACGUCGGGAUGUCAGAUGUUGACCCAGUAAGAAGCGAGAUGGAGAGAAUGGGACUUCAUGGAAGGUUGUCUCU